CACUCUGGAUUUCAAAUCAUGUUUCCAACGGAUUCUAUCCAGGCCGUAUAAAGGUCGCUGGUCGUUCGGUCAGGCCCUUAUCAGUCUCAGUGUGGCAUAUUCCAAGACAUUUUACACAUCCUCACCAUGUCUAUCCCCGACGUUGAUAUCGCGCCCGCUCCGGGCAUCUCCUACUUCACCCCCGCUCAGGAUCCUCCCGCAGGUACGGCAGCCAAUCCUCAGACUAGCGGCAAGCCGGUCCCCAAGCUCUAUCAGCCUCUGACCAUCCGCGGUCUUACUUUCCAAAACCGCCUCGGUCUUGCUCCCCUCUGCCAAUACAGUGCCCAGGAUGGCCACAUGACCCCCUAUCACAUUGCCCACCUGGGUUCGAUCGCCCAGCGGGGUCCCGGAUUGAUGAUGAUCGAGGCGACUGCCGUGCAGCCCGAGGGUCGCAUUACCCCGCAGGACGUGGGUUUAUGGAAGGACUCGCAGAUCGAGCCCAUGCGCCAGGUCGUUGAAUUCGUGCACAGCCAGAACCAGAAGAUCGGAGUGCAGUUGGCCCACGCCGGACGCAAGGCCAGCACCGUUGCUCCUUGGAUCUCGACCGCCGUAGUAGCCACCGAGAAGGUCGGCGGGUGGCCGGACAACGUCAAGGGACCCAGCGACAUCGCCUUUGCCGACUCCUUCCCCCAGCCCAAGGCGAUGACCAAGGACGACAUCGUCCAGUUCAAGAACGACUGGGUUGCCGCCGUUAAGCGCGCGCUUGCGGUCGGGGUUGACUUCAUCGAGAUCCACAACGCCCACGGAUACCUUCUCUCGUCUUUCCUGUCCCCCGCUGCCAACAACCGCACCGACGAGUACGGUGGCUCUUUCGAGAACCGCAUCCGCCUCCCCUUGGAGAUUGCCCAGCUGACCCGUGACACGGUCGGCCCCAACAUGCCCAUCUUCCUCCGCAUCUCUGCUUCCGACUGGCUGGAGGAGGUCCUUCCCGAGCAGAGCUGGAACAACGACAGCACCAUCCAGUUUGCCCAGGAGCUGGUCAAGCAGGGCGCCGUCGAUCUGAUCGACAUCAGCUCCGGCGGUGUGCACGCUGCCCAAAAGGUGAAGUCCAGCCCCGGUUUCCAGGUUCCUUUCGCCGCUGCGGUCAAGAAGGCUGUUGGUGACAAGCUGCUUGUGUCGGCGGUUGGUGCUAUCACCAACGGUCGUCAGGCCGAGGAAAUCAUGGAGAAGGACGGCAUUGAUGUGAUCCUCGUUGGCCGUGGAUUCCAGAAGGACCCUGGCUUGGCCUGGACCUUCGCUCAGCACCUGGAUGUGGAGAUCUCCAUGGCCAGUCAGAUCCGUUGGGGCUUCACGAGACGUGGCGGUACUCCGUACAUCGACCCGUCGGUGUACAAGCCGUCGAUUUUUGACAUGUAAUGUGUUAUAGAUUGUACAUAAACGAGCGUUGAACAUACAGUUGCUGUCAAGAAUCAAUAUGAGAAUUUCUGAACUCUCCUAUUUCCGUCUUGUCAUCAAACAAGAACAGUAGGUGUCGCCAGAAUCAUAGUUCCCAAGUUCUCAUCCCUUCAAACCGACACCACCACCGGGGAU